UCUACUAAAAAAAGAAACAGGCUGGCAGCACUUUAAUAUAUCGUCAAAUACUUUGCGCAAUGAAUGAUGUUGGCAACAGUGACGUUUGACACAUAAUUUUGCGCCACUCAUUUAAUAUUGUUGCGUUUUCGUAUUUGUUGAAGAUGGAGAAAUUCCUAAAAAGAAUAUAUACUGCAGAAAACGUGCCUGCAACGACUGAGUCGUCAAAUAAUAAUAAGCCGACAAAAAAGAAAUCUAAGUACAAUCAAAAAUACAAGCAGGAAUGGGAAGAUGGUCGGGAAUGGCUAGAAAAUGCAGAAAAUGCAUUCUGUAAAUAUUGCAAAACGUUUCUUGCAAAUGAUGUAACAUUAUUAGACCGGCAUGCUAAUACUAAAAAGCAUAUGAACGCAGUGAACACAAAAGACCAGGCCCGGCUGAAGCAAAUCACCAUUUCGGAAAGUGUUGAAAAAAAUUCAGAAACUACACACCAAUCUAAGGAACUUGCGAUGGUUAUGUACUGUGUGCAACAUUCUCUGCCAUUUACGUUGAUGAAAUCUUAUGUGAAAUAUUAUAUUUAUAAUGACUCGCUACAGUGUAAUGAAGAAAAGGGCCAGUCGCCACCCCCAACGAUACCCGACAGCGUGCCGUUUGUGUGA